AUGUGACUCCUCCUCCUCCUCCCUGUGACUGAUCACAUGACGGUGACAUCAUGGCAGGUCCUGUAAGCACACGGCUCCUCUACAGAUACAGGUUUCUCCAAUCCAGGAUCCUCUGCUGAUAUCUUCUAUAUAAGAGAAUUCUCCUGGAUGACCCAUCAACCAUGGAGAGAGACAGGAACAAGAUGGCCGACAGGAUCAUAAACCUCACCCUACAGAUACUCUUCCAGCUUACUGGAGAGGAUUACACAGUAGUGAAGAAGUCCUCUAGUGGGCGCUGUCGGGCCCCUGUGUGUGAAGAAUGGGGAAGAACCCUGAGCCCAAUCCCGGGGCCCCCCCCUCACUCCCUGAUACAUGAGGAAAUGGAUGAACAGAAGAUCCGAGAACUCAUCAACAAGAUGAUGGAGCUGCUGACUGGAAAGGUUCCUAUAAGGUGUCAGGACGUGGCGGUCUAUUUCUCCAUGGAGGAGUGGGAGUAUGUAGAAGGACACAAGGAUCAGUACAAGGAUCAGGUCAUGAUGGAGGAUCAGCAGCCCCUCACAUCACCAGUCAGAUCCAGUAAGAGAACAGCACUAGAGAGGUGUCCCCGUCCUCUUGAUGAGCAGAAUAUGGAGGACAUUACUACAGGGAAAGAUCUCCUCUAUAUUAAGGCUACAGACAUAAAGGAAGAAGAUGAAGAGACAGAUGUGAGCGGUGAUGAGCAGUAUAAGGAGGACAUUCCUACAGGUAACCUCCCAGAUUCUUGUAGCAGGAGAUCAGAGGAGAAUCUUAUAUCUUCAGAUUAUAAAGCAGAUGAUGAUAUCACACAAGAUACAUAUGAAGAACAUUCCAUUAUCCCAGAUACACCCUCAGCCCUUCACAGCCAAGAUCUGUCAUCUCAUCCUUAUAUACAGGAUGUUCAGCAAAAUAAGAGUCACAGAAGGAGUGUUAAAGAUAAAAGAGCUCAAAGAGAAAAGAAGCCAUUUUCAUGUUCAGAAUGUGGGAAAUCUUUUACUUCUAAAUCACAUCUAGUUGAACAUCAGAGAACUCACACAGGGGAGAAGCCAUUUGCAUGUGCAGAAUGUGGAAAAUAUUUCACUCAGAAAUCAUAUCUUGUUGAACAUCAAAGAACUCACACAGGGGAGAAGCCAUUUUCAUGUCCAGAAUGUGGGAAAUGUUUUCCUUUUAAAUCAGGUCUUGUUGUACAUCAAAGAACUCACACGGGAGAGAAGCCAUUUUCAUGUCCAGAAUGUGGGAAAUGUUUUACUAAUCAAUCAAGUCUUAUUCAACAUCAAAGAACUCACACAGGAGAGAAGCCAUUUUCAUGUCCAGAAUGUGGGAAAUGUUUUGCUCAGAAAUCAGAUCUUUUUAAACAUCAAAGAACUCACACAGGGGAGAAGCCAUUUUCAUGUGCAGAAUGUGGGAAAUGUUUUACUGAUAAAUCAACUCUUAUUCAUCAUGAAAGAACACACAUAGGGGAGAAGCCAUUUUCAUGUGCAGAAUGUGGGAAAUGUUUUACUUUGAAAUCAAAUCUUGUUCAACAUCAAAGAACUCACACAGGAGAGAAGCCAUUUUCAUGUGCAGAAUGUGGGAAAUGUUAUUCUGGGAAAUCACAUCUUGUUAAACAUAAAAGAACUCACACAUCUAUAUAUUAACCAUGUACAUAGGAUAGUUGACACUAAUACAUACUUGUAUAUAGUUAUACAAUAUAUGCUUCAUCUCCAAACUUGUUACCAAUUGUUAAUAAAAGUUUUCUUUCUUAUAUGAUAUAUUAUUCUUAUAUUCAUCUCCGCACACUGGACUUAUAAUAAAUGUAAUAUUGUCCCUGACGUUGUAUAUAGGGAAUGUAACGCGUCAGUGUUGUCCCCGCCCCCUUCUCAUUAUGAUUAUAGAGACUUUAAUUCAAGGCAUCAGACAGGAUCCGCGCGUCUCCCUUGAAGAUCGUCUCUUCUGAACAUAAGACGCUGCAGAUACUUUUAUUUAUCACAAACCCUAGACCAGCGUUUCCCGUCUUGACGUCUAUUUUCGGUCUCAGAUCAUAAAAUCCAUUUUCUAUAUGAGAAGUCGUCAAUAUCUCAGCGUCCCCCGGGUUCAGUAAACAUCGGUGUAAUUCUUUUCCUUUUCUUUGUCCUCCCCGGGGUAUAAAAUCCCUAGAGAUCUGAUCACAUCUGGUACAAGAUCUCUUUACUUCACACUUUGCGCCAUUAUUACUCGGAUUGAAGACCCAGUUACACGCUCGUAAAUUCCCAUAUAUGUCGUGGAUUGGAAGGAAAAAGGUUCUUAAAUCUUAUAUUUACCAAUAAUAUUUUAUAUUUUUACAGUCCGUCCCUAUCAUAGUACGGAAUUGUUAUUUUUCUUCUAUCCGAUGGUUAUUUAGUAAUUUUGUUAUGAUUCAGAAGAGACCACGUGUCCCGUAUAGACGCUCACCCUGAAGACAUUAGACGGCGGUUUUGUGUUUCCGGAUUUACACACUUAUUAUAAAGCUUUUCCUUCGUCUGGAUUAUUAGAGCUCGUUCGCUCUUCUUUUUCUCAUCCUCCCCUUUAUAUUCCUCCUCAUGUGGAUAUGGAAUUCUCCUCAGUCCCUCCUUCUAUAGGGCCCAUUUUGUGGCCCCCGCACUCCUCCUUGGCCUCUCUAGUUCUUUCCUCUUUUAUAUAUAACUUUGUCGGUAUUACGAGACUGCUCUACGACUGAUUCUGAUUUCCCUUCCCCCCUAACCCCACUUUCUUUACUCCCUAUGGUUAUUACUAAACACAUUUUCCCUCUUCCCCUUUGUGGGAACGUUUACAUUCUUUUACGUUACGAGAUUUAUAUUCUUCUACUAAGACUUUGGCCAUAGAGGAAUCUCAGGCUUUCUGGGGUUUUAUAAGUAAAUUUAUCUUUACUCUCCAAUGUUUUAAGCGUUUUACUAACAUACGUCCCUGAAAUUGGUUAGAGAGAUUGUAUUUAUUUCCUAAAUAAUAAUACUAUCUAAGCUUUAUUCUUAUCUGAUUUCUUCUGCCCCUAAUAGUAACCAAAAUGCAUCUUAUAUGAGAAGAGGAGCUGAAUAUCCAACUCUCUGAAGAACAGUGCGGAUUUAUCUCUAGCGCUCACGUGGCUCCUCCCCCUGUAUUCUUAUACAGGAGAGUUCAUAUAAGUUAUAUUGUCGGGGGUAUGAGACUCCUCCUCUCCUUUUGUCACAUGGUAUUCCAGAAUCUUCUCAAUGUUGGAGGUGUGGGAGUGAGUCGUGGACUCUUUUACAUAUACAGGGGUCCUGCUUGAAAAUCCAAUUUUUCUGGCAGGAAGUUAUUUCGAUUACUAUAUAUACUCGAGUAUAAGCACUUUUUUUUUGUGCUGAAAAUGCCCCCCUCGGCUUAAACUCGAGUGAAAAAAAAAAUUGUAGUGACAUCAGUCCAGGCAUUCAGGUUGGGGGGCCAUCCAUCUUUAUUGGGACGGCCCCGGACUCAUCCAGGGUAGGGACGCUGAAGGGACUGUCUGCGCAUACCAGUGGGAAAAGUGAGCCGGUCUGGUCCAUCCACCUUCUCCACUCCGGGCUGGCCCUGGAAUAGUGAUGCUGGUGUAGGGUCACUGCUGCGCAUUGAGGCCGCCAUACAGGGACGCCCCUGACGUCAAUGACGUGUCCCUUUCUCAACUGCCAGGCAACAGGAAAAGACCCGCCACCGCCGAAGCUACAACUGGGGAGGUGAUUAGACGAUAAGAGAGGGUGAUGAGGACAGGAGAGGAUGGAUGAUGAUGGGGGGGACAGAUGAUGACAGGGUGAUGGAUGAUGACAGGGGAUGGGUGUCUGUGGCAGUGGAUGAUGACAGGAGGGGGAUGGAUGAUGACGGGGAAUGGGUGUUUGUGUCCGUGGAUGAUGAUGGGGGAUGGGUGUCUGUGGCAGUGGAUGAUGACAGGAGGGGGAUGAAUGCUCAAAAUUUCUUAAGCAAUUCCCUGGAGACUUGUUCUCCUUAGAUUACUUUUAGAACCUUUUCAUUAAGUACCAGUAGAAUCUCCCAAUAGCGGACACUCACAGGGAAUAAAAGUGUCCAUUAUUAGAGAUGUCCCCUAUUGGGAAAAAGGCUAAAAAUUCUUCCUAAAUGACGGAAUACUGUCCUGUGCUAACUCCAGGGUGUAAUUACCUAUAAAACACAAUAAAAAACAAUAUUACAGUAGAAUCUCCCAGUGUUGUUUAAUCACCCCCUGUAUAAUUUCAACCCCCCUUUUUUUUACCCUGCGCCAUCUUAUUCCCUUGUGCAUUGUGCCAAAUUAUCCCCCCCCCUUACCCCCCUGUGCCACAUAAUUUCCCCUUGAUCCCCCUGAGCCAUUUCAUUCUCCCAUUAGUACCCUCUGUAUAAAUUCAUCUCCCCCUCUUUAUAAAGUGGCAGAGGGGGUGAUGAAUAUGCACAGAGGGGGAUCGAGAGGAAAUGAUGUGGCACAGGGGGUAAUAAAGGGAGGGGGGAUUUGUCACAGGGGAAAUAAAGUGGCACAGGGGGCCGGUCAUCUUAUCCCCGAUCCUUUGGAUAUGGGAUGAGAUGUCUAGGGUCGGAGUACCCCUAAGUAAGUCUUUAUUCAUUCUUUGACCAUCCUUCAUGAUCAGUUAUGUCCCCUUAUGACUAACGUCCGUUAUUUUUGACGGGGCAAAUAACGGUGCAUGCACUAAUUUUUGUCCCGUCAAAAAUAAUGUUGGAAUAACACACGUUAAAAUUUUAAUAUUGAAGCCUAUGGAUGAUGAAUGUUCACAAAUGACAUCCGUUAGCGCCCAUUAUUUUUAUAUUCUGUUAUGAUCCCUUAUUGCUACUGAGCAUGCUCCGUACAGCGUCACAACCAGAAGGGGUUAAAACGGACAUAAAAUAACGGACUAUAACAGUGCAUGACGGAUGAAAUAACGGGUAGUAACGGAUGGAAUAUAUCAAUACAUCAAUAUUUUGAUAGAAUGCCGUUAUAAUAAUGUACAUUGGGCAUCAGUUAUCACCCGAUAUGUUCAGUUAUUGUAUCUAUUUUUUAAUGAUCUGUGUUUGCAGAAUAACGGUUGUCAAGAUGGCAGGAAGAUGGCGGUAGUGUGAAAGAAACCUAACGUGUCAUGUGACUAGGUGGCACUAUAAUAGCGUCACACUCCAUCUCAUUAUCUUUUUGUAAUUUGUAAUUUAUCACCUUGUUCUAUCAUUUUCCAUUACUUGCCCCUAGGUAUAUUAUCUGGGUCACGUGACAUUUCACCUUUCUUUAUCAUUUCCAGAGUCCUGAUGUGGAGUCAACACAGUUUGUAGGGUUUGUGGUAUAAUGAUUCCUAUACGGAGAAUUAUAGGGUUUGUGGUAUAAUGAUUCCUAUACGGAGAAUAUGUUGUGAUACAUGGUGGUUUUCCACAUCCUGGUCCUUGUGUAUUAGACUGAAAAUGGUUCUUAGUGUCGGCACCGCAGUGGGCGCAGCUAUAAGGCAGGUGGAUAUAGGAUCAUCCGCACUCUGGGGCCAAAAAAUUAGUCCUGAGGUAAAAAUCCUGAUGAGUGUCGGGUGUUUUAUGUGGUAUCUGGUGAGGUCACUUUGGUACAAGGACUGGCAUGGAUCCACAUAGGCUUUCCUUCCUAUUACUGCGGUGGUUGUUGUCAGCAGGACUUGGAAAGGCCGGUCACAUGGAGGUCAGGACUCUUUGUGUCUCUUUAUCACCACCCGAUCUCCAGGAUCUAUAUCAGGAGUUUUACCAUCUGGAAUAGAAUAAAGACUUGUGUAUGCGCUUGUUGUACGCGCUUGUGUACGGCCGCACAUAGCUAGAUAGGUGACUGUGUUACAUCUGCAGUAGCUGUGGACAGUACAACCCUGUUCUAGGAGCACAACCAAAAAGUGUCCCAUAAGGAGACAACCCGCUGCUUCUUCAUAACAUCGUUCAUAAAGUUGUAAAAGACCAGAGUCCAUAAAGUUCAAUCCAUAUCCCUAGCCCUAGCAUUCUGCUUCAGCGCCCCUCACUACAUCACACCAUGCCACCUCAAUGCAAGUCUAUGGGAGGGGGGGAUGGCUGUCAUGCCUCUUCCCAUUGGCUUGCAUUGAGGGGCGUGGUGUGAUGUAGUGAGGGGUGUGGCCAUGAUGUAAUGACCUCCACCGCCCGCUCCAAGCAUUCUAAACGAACGCUGGGUGCUGUACAGAGAUCACAGGGGUCCCAGCUCUAAGACCCCCACAAUUAGACAUCUUAUUCUCUAUCUUUUGGAUAGGGAAUAAGAUGUUUAGGGGCGGAGUACACCUUUAAUAUUUCUACCUUCUUACUACUCUGUGGGUCAUGGGGGUGUAAAACACUUGUUUGGAUACCCAGGGCUUCUAUUACCUGCAUCAUAAUUCAUCCAGUAAAGUGCGACCUUCAUCACUAUCAAGAACUUCUGGAACUACCUACCAUAUCCUUCACAAUCUGCCCUGCUGCCAUCUUUACAUCGACAUUUCUCCCCGGAUAGGCCUUAGGCUAACCUGAAAAGAGAUUCACAUACACACCAAAAAGUAUUCAUACCCUCCUCACAAGGAGACCGGAAUAUAGUCUAUCUGCAUUCGCUAAAUCUGGUAAAUCCAGAUAAAAUCCAGGUAAAUAAACGUUUAGGAGGCACCUGCACUGCUUUCCCUACAUUAGGUCUUGCACAGGUCAUGCCGGCCGGUGUUUACCUGGUGACCACUGUGGUAAAUCCUGGGGCUAUCCAGUGAUCAUUCACCAGUGAUAUUAUAGUCAUUUUCCAGUUGUGGGUGACUCCAUGAGUCUCCGGGGCCAUCAUUGGGCACAGAACCUUUGGUAGACAGAUUUUAUCCUUGUUGUUUUUAUACAGACCGGUAUCAUUCAGGGCAGCUCGUUGCUUUACCCACUUGCCCUCCUCGCUGCCUCUGGAGACCUUUAAGAUGGUUGCGUCAACCACAUCAGGUCCAUUGUGCUUUUCUUACCUGUAAUAAAGAAACAGACUUGUCCUGGGCCCUCGGCCCCUUAGCAGAUUGUUAAACUGCUUUGUCAGUAAGAUCCUAUCCUCUUGUCUGCUCAGCAGAAAGUGAGAACAUUAAAGGGACACUCUGGUGACUGAUGGAUAGAAUGUGAGAGAAUAUGUUUUAUUUAGCCAUGUUGUUCAGGCACCUUGAGCUUUAAAGGGGUACUCCGCUGCCCCAGCAUUUGGAACAUUAUGUUCCGAACGAUUGGAUCAGGCGGCAGGGAUCGCGAUAUCACGGCCAAGCUCCUUGUGACAUCAAGCCAGGCUCCCUAUAUGCAAGUCUAUGGGAGGGGGCAUGGCAUGAAAUCACGAGGGGCGUGGUCAUGACGUCACUGCCCCGCCGCCGGCACCAAGUGUUCAAAACGAAUGCCGGAUGCUGCACAGAGAUCGUGGGGAUCCUAGCUGCGGGACCCCCAUGAUCAAAGAUCUUAUCCCCUAACCUUUGGAUAGGAGAUAAGAUGUCUAGGGGCGGAGUACCCCUUUAAAUGAUGUCUAACAAGUCCUUUCCUUGAACGGAGAGCGCACAGCUGGCUUCAGCCCCUCAGAGAGCUGGGAACCAACCAUAGAGCCACCUGGUUAAUUCUAAUACAACUUGUUCUUCCCUCUAUAACCUAAGGAAGGACCCUGUGUAGAGUAGGAGACCCCACUAAUCUAACACCUAUAUGAUCAGAAUGUCCUAGAAGCCAGAAGAUAGAAGUGAUUUUAUAUGUCUAAUCUGCUCAUGUCCUGUUACCUUGUAGCCAUAUAUGAGACUCUUUUCCUCCCAUGUAAAAUUAUAGAGAUGACAUCGCUGGAUCGGUGACUACGUUAUAAAAGAAAAACGUAUUUUUCCCCCAAAUGUCUCUUUUAUUGUUAACAAAAGAUUAAAAAAAAGUAACAAAUCAUCGUUACACCACAAUAAUAUUCAUAUUGCCCCAAUAAUACAAAAAUUACAAACAAACUCUUAAUAAAAGACGGAGAUAAAUAGGAAAAGAAAUAGAUAAACCCGACGUCUUGGAUAAAACAUAAUAAAUAAUUAUUUAAUGAAAAGGUUCUAAUAUAAAUAUGGCGCAACAACAUAUUUAUAAUGCAGCAUACUACAUACGGGGGAGUACUGGAGAAAGACCUGGAUUUCUUUUUCUAGACAAAUAUGUCCCCAGAUACACGUCCUGCGCUCCUCUGGAUCACUGGCGUACAUUAAAGGGUCGUUUAUUAAACUUGGACAUGCGUACAAGAAACAAGAUAACACACGACUGGACAUGUUAAAGGGAUACUCCGCUCCCCAUUUAGUUUCGAACGCUGGGUGAGGGCUCCCGUG